AUGUCCAAGUCGUGGGUAUUGAAGUUCCCGCGCUCUGAUGGAGAUGGGUAUCUCCUCCUUCAAGCCUCCACGACCAGCGAGGCUGCUCUGGACCUCAAUCUACUAGCCACAGAAGGAGCAGCACCGUACAGGGGCAAGAUUCGUCAACGAAAGAUCCCAGACUUGCGCGCGAAGAACUUCCAUGGCACAGACGGCGAAUGGCAGAACAUCCUCCUUCAUGUCUUUAAACCCCAAUCCGCGGCGUGUCUGCCUAGCGACCAAUGGAAAGGUCUAGAAGUCGUGGCAACUAUUGGCAGCGGGAAAGUUACGAUCACUUUACGAAACCGUAUCGACAAAAUCACACAACGACUAGGCUCAGUAGAUCUUUCUCAGGAUGACGAUGCCGAAAUCCAGCUCUUCGAUUGGUGUGGUUCAGCAAUCGACCAGAGAUCCGUGCUGGAGGCUGAGCAAAGCGAUCUACGCAGCAAAUACGAGUCCGCCCAGGCGACCGUCACCUCACUUGAAGCUAAAUUAGAGGAGCUCGUCAAGGCAAAGGCAGACCAUGAAGAAGAGCUGAUCUCCAAAUUCGUGCUCCUUCUGAACGAGAAAAAACUAAAGAUCAGAAAUCAGCAACGAAUCCUCAGCACUGCGAAGGUAGACAAGAAGAAACUACAACAGAUGCAGAAGACGCUGGAAGGGAAGGGUCGGCGGGCCGAGUCGAGCAGAGCUGGUAAGCGACGGGCAGACGACCAGACUGAGGCAGCAGAAGAAGACUCGCAGAAUGAUUCCAGUGACGCCUUUGAGGAGAUGGACGUGGACAAGCAAGAAGGUAUCGUAGCAGGAAGCCAAGAAGCAAGCUCAGAACGACAGACAACGCCUGAGACGGGAUCGGAAACAGAAGUCGAUUCUGACGUUGAUGCGGCUCCUGAACCAACAUCAAAGACCGCCGGCCCCGUGCCAAAAGCAAGCACCUCACAUCGAGCCGCAGCGUCGCAGCAGAAGAAGGCCAGCAGUCCUCCACUAAAGUCGGGUAAGAAGCGGCAAACUCCUACCAGGAAUAUAUCUCCUCUUCCACCUGUCAGGGUCCUACCAUUCGCGAAGAAAGGCGCCAAAGUAAAGAAGGCUGCGGAGCCGGAGCCAUCCAAACCGCCAACUGAAGCAGGAAAACGGGAUGAUGGAAAGGCGAAUGACAGUGGUGAAGAGACGGCCAGUGACAGUGACGAUGACGAGUUAUGA